GGAGUAAUGGUGCUUCUGAUCCACACCCCGGAGCAGAAGAUGGCGGUAAUGCACUAUUACGCUGGAUGACAACCGCCGUGAAAAUAUAAGAAGAAGGAGUAAUGAUGCAGGAAAAUAAUCCAGAAGGUGGCGGUAAUGCAACGCGUUUGGAUGCAAGCCGCCGUUAAACCUCGAAUAAGAAGAAGAAGAAGAAGAAGAAGAAAACAAGAAGCCACCGCUAGCGCCAUCACACAGCUUUGAGUCUUCUGAGAUCUGCUCCUUCCAACCACACAGCAAUUCACCUACAAUUCAGCUCCUCCCACAACAGUUUAUGAAAGAAAGUCAAAAACAUGACUGAUCCAGAACCCAGCAGAAUAAAACAGGAAGAUACUGAACAACAAAUAGACCUGAUAGAACAGAACAAGGAGAUUGAAGAGGGGGAGAACCAUUAUGUCAAAACUGAAGAGAUAUCCUGGAAAUCCUCAUUGAAAAGAAGAGGCAAAAUAUGGCCUCAGUGUGAAAAGAGUCCCUCAUGCAAGCAAAAUCCUGAUAUUCACGUACAAUUUCAUCUUGAAGGGAAGUUGUACGCAUGUGAUCAGUGUGAAAAGACUUUCACAAUAAAAGGAAACCUUACAAAACACAUGAAUAUCCACACUGGAGAGAAGCCAUACACAUGUGGUCAGUGUGGAAAGAGCUUCAGACUAAAGGUAAUCCUUAAAAAACACAUGAAUAUCCACGCUGGGAAGAAGCCGUACACAUGCGGUCAAUGUGGGAAGAGCUUCAGACUAAAAGCUACUCUUAACACACACCUAAAAACCCACACUGGAGAGAAGCCGUACACAUGUGAUCAGUGUGGGAAGAGUUUCUCACAAAAAGAAUACCGUGAUGCACACCUAAAAACCCACACUGGAGAGAAGCCGUACACAUGUGAUCAGUGUGGGAAGAGUUUCUCACAAAAAGAAUACCGUGAUGCACACCUAAAAACCCACACUGGAGAGAAGCCGUACACAUGUGAUCAGUGUGGGAAGAGUUUCACACAAAAAGGAAGCCUUUUCAAACACAUGAAAAGCCACACUGGGGAGAAGCCACACACUUGUGAUCAGUGUGGGAAGAGUUUCACAUUAAAAGAAACCCUUAAUGAUCACAUGAGGAUCCACACUACAGAAACACCUUACAAGUGUUCACUCUGUGACAAGAGAUUCAAACACCUGAUGGAAGAGAGUGAGGAGAGUGAAGAACUGAGUGAGGCAGAGGAGAAACAGCAUCAUGUCAAAACUA